CGCGGGCGCCGCUCCUCCCGCCGGCCGGCCGCUGCCUGCCUGCCUGCUGCGCGGGCCGGGCUGUCCGGCGGCCUGGUGGCACUAGCGGGGCGGGGAGGAUGAGCACGGCGGGACCGGGAGGCAGCAGCACAAGUAGCAGCAGCAGCCGCCGCGGCGGGGCCGGUCACUGAGCCCGAGGAGCAGCGCGGCGGAGGCCGGGCAUGGCGCUGCCGGGGGAGCGCGGCGCGGAGCCCCAGCCCGGCGCCUCCCGCCCCGCCGACGAGGAGGAGGACGGCGGCGGCGGGGCCGGCGGGCAACCGGAGGCGCUGUCGCUGGAGGAGAUCCUCCGGCUCUACAACCAGCCCAUCAACGAGGAGCAGGCGUGGGCCGUGUGCUACCAGUGCUGCGGAUCGCUGCGGGCCCGCGCCCGCCGCGGAGAGACCCCCGCCGCCCGCCUGGGGCCGGCCGCACACCUCCGCAUCUGGCGGGACGGCGCCGUCACCCUGGAGCAGGGCGAGCCCCAGCGGCCGCCCCCGCCCGCCGCAGACACAUCGAGCCGUUUACACUGCACAGAAAUGGAGGUUAUUGAAUCACUAGGGAUUAUUAUAUAUAAAGCCCUGGACUAUGGUUUGAAGGAUAAUGAAGAGCGGGAAUUAAGUCCUCCACUGGAGCAGCUUAUUGACCACAUGACUAACACCACAGAAACAGAUGGGAGCAGGGAUGAAGGAUAUGAUGCUCUGGAUGAAGGAGUGGAAGAUGAUGACGAUGAUAAUGACAAAGAGGAAGUUGAGGCCAUUCAUUCCUAUAAAGAUGUCAUGAAGCUGUGUGCUGCCCACCUGCCAACCCGAUCAGAGGCACCAAACCACUAUCAAGCAGUAUGUCGGGCUCUGUUUACAGAAACAAUGGAACUCUACACUUUCUUGGCCAAAAUUAAAAGUGCAAAAGAGAAUCUGAAGAAGAUUCAAGAAAUGGACAAAGAGGCAAGUGAUGAAUCCAGCACAGAUCUUGAUGACUUAAAAAAUGCUGACUGGGCUCGUUUUUGGGUACAAGUGAUGCGAGAUCUCCGGAAUGGUGUUAAACUUAAGAAAGUUCAAGAGCGUCAGUACAACCCGCUCCCAAUAGAAUAUCAGCUCACGCCCUAUGAAAUGCUGAUGGAUGAUAUUAGAUCCAAACGCUAUACCUUGAGGAAGGUCAUGGUCAACGGUGACAUUCCACCUCGAUUAAAAAAGAGUGCCCAUGAAAUAAUCCUGGAUUUCAUCCGAUCGCGACCUCCAUUAAAUCCGGCGUCAGCAAGAAAACUGAAACCAACCCCACCACGUCCACGCAGCCUUCAUGAAAGGAUCCUGGAGGAAAUCAAGGCAGAGAGGAAGUUACGUCCAGUCUCACCUGAUGAGAUCAGGCGCAGCCGGCUGGCAAUGCGGCCACUUAGCAUGUCUUACAGUUUUGACUUGUCAGAUGUAGCUACUCCAGAGGCUGGAAGAAAAUUAUUGGAUGCCUCUGUAGUGAACGGUGGCCCGGCACCACAGGGAAAGCAGAACGGGGCCACGCAAGUGACAGUACAACGCAAGAGACUCCUUAAGGCUCCCACGUUGGCUGAACUUGACAGCUCAGAUUCAGAGGAGGAAUCAGUGCACAAAUCAGCAAGUAGCAGCAGCAUCUCCCCAUCGCAAGCAGAAGACCCCUCUCAAGAAGGCACCAGCAGCAGAAAGAUGCCUCUGAAAUUCUUGCCCAUAUCAUCUACACCACAGCCUGAGAGACGGCAGCCACCUCAGAGACGACACUCCAUUGAAAAGGAGACACCAACCAAUGUGAGACAGUUCCUACCACCUUCAAAACAGAGCUCCAGAUCACUUGUUCCUAGGAUAACCAGUUUAUUUCCAAGGAUGACUUUCAGACCACUUUUUUCAACUAUGCAAACAGCUUCUCUGCUCAGCUCUCAUCCCGUUGAAGCAGUCAUGUGCGGGGUGGCAGGGGCUAUGUACUAUCUCUGUGAGAGAGCUUUUGCCAGCAGGUGGAAACCCGCAAAGGAGGAGUUCUGUUACCCGGUGGAAUGUCUGGCUCUGACGGUGGAGGAGGUCAUGCACAUCCGUCAGGUGCUGGUGAAGGCAGAGCUGGAAAAGUACCAGCAGUAUAAAGAUGUCUACACUGCUCUCAAGAAAGGAAAGCUCUGCUUUUGCUGCCGAACGAGAAGGUUUUCUUUCUUUACGUGGUCUUACACUUGUCAGUUCUGUAAGAGGCCUGUAUGCUCACAGUGUUGCAAAAAAAUGCGGUUGCCAUCAAAGCCAUAUUCUACCCUCCCCAUCUUCUCGCUGGGACCUUCCACCUUGCAAAGAGGAGAAAGUUUUAUGAGGCCGGAGAAACCCUCUACCAGUCACCACCGAUCGCUGCGGAGCAUGUCCCGGUUGACCUCAAGGUCCAAAUCUGUGGAUAAGUCACAUGAAGAGUUUCCCAAAGAAUUAAUGGAGGACUGGAGCACGAUGGAGGUGUGCGUGGACUGCAAGAAGUUCAUUUCAGAAAUCAUCAAUUCCAGCCGGCGCAGCCUGUCCCUGGCCAACAAGAGAGCCAGGUUAAAAAGGAAAACGCAGUCCUUCUACAUGUCAUCACCAGGCACAUCCGAGUACUGCCCCUCUGAAAGGACGAUCAAUGAGAUCUGAGCCUUGUGCCUUUUUUCUUUGCUUUUGUCUCCAUGAGGUCGUCAUCCAUGAGCAAGGUCACUGAAACCGGGUCAUCAUUCCGUCGCUUCGUUUCACUUGACUGGCUUGAAUUUGCAUUCGAUCACAGGAUUUCCUGCUCCAGCGGUUCCCAGGGACACAGAACUCUUACGUUUAGAUCUGGGCAGAAUGAUACACGACAGGUCAGCUGCUCGCACUGGAAGAAAACUGAGAGUUUGAAAUCGUUGCCUCUUUUGUAUGUGCGUGUUGAAACUAGAAAGCCUUUUCUUGCUUUCAAUCUUUUUUUAACCAUGCUUUGAAUCAUUUUUUUCAGGAGAUGAGCUGAAAACUUAAGUUGAACGAAGAACCAAAUCUAACAAAGCGUCAGUGUUAGCACGGUAGCCGGCAAGAAGUCACAUUGGCAUCACCACCCCAGUAGUAAUGCUCACGUCCUGGUUGAAACAGCAAAGGGUCCUGUCGCACACCAGACACCAAGUGUGAGCGACUGUGGUCAAAACCACCUUUGUUUGAACUGUUUGGUUGCUCUGAGAUCAGGGUUCAGCACAGGACACCGUCCUGGGGCAAAAUACGUGACAAAGCUGUUUGCCCGUGUGAUUGCCCGUUCCCCUGAGAUGCUGGACUUUUGAAGCCUUAGUGCACUUCUCAGUGUCUCCUGAGCAGGUUUCAGUAGUUUACUUUCUAUCUUGAAUGUAUGACGGUGAUGACUACUAGUAGCAGUGACUUUUCACAGUAGGCAGAGUUGUACAGUUUAUGGGGAGGAUGGGAAAUAAGGGAGGCUUCUAAUUUUAACCUGUAAAGUUCUUCUUGUGGUUACUCGGAGAAUACGGUGGGUAAGGUGUACAUUUGUAUUAUAUUGGAGCACACAAAUACUGCUAUAGUUACGUCUGACAGCAUAUCCACUGGCAACCCCAUUUUUUCUGGGGUUUAUAACUUGGCUGUAAAAAUUUGUGUUCUGCUGAAAUUUGGGACAGUGCUGUCUCAGAUUGGGAGCAAUCUGUCUUUUUUCUUUUACCUUUUUUCUUUCUUUUUCUCAUUUUAAUUCACCUAUGAAAGAGUGCUAGACUAGUUGUUUAGAAAUUCCAACAAUGUUACAACGUUAACUGACAUCUCAUGCUUUUUUGCACUUUUUUUUGGUAUUCAAAAUACUUUUUUUUCUUAAUUCGGGCAUAGCCAGAGUUUAGUCAAUAAAUCGGGGCCAGAACAUUUUGGCAUUUAAAAACAAGCUAACAUAGCCAAGUUAUUAAUACUUGAAAAUCAACUACUGUAACUUUUUCAUAAACUUUUUAAUACCCUGAGGCAUAUUUAAUAUCUAUAUAGCAGUGUAUUAUAGAAUGACAUAGCAGAGAAGUUUCAGAUCUAUUUAUUAACAUUUCUAUACUUUGGAUUUAAUGAGAGAUACCUCAGAACUGCUCCAAAGUAGCUGGGACUGGAAUUCCAUAACAUGAUUUUAAAGAUGUAUUAAUCAAAGCAGUUUCUCUCCUCUCCAGAUCUCGUGCAUUGGAAAGCCCAAGGCAUGGCAGACUGUCCCCACAGCCCCAGUACCAGGGGUGCUUGUCCCCACAUGGUAGCUCAGCUCCGGUCCCACUGGGGGCUGCCUCCUGCUGCCCAGGGGAGCGAGGUUUCCCCUUCAGAGUGUAUUUGCAUGUUGGGUUGCAGCCUUUGGAGCAGCCACUCGUAUCGUAUUUUUCUAAGUCAAUUUGAAAAGGACAUGAAAAAAAUCUCCUUAAACCUUCCCAGGGACUCGUCCGUCCUUGUAUUUUUCUUCAAAUGCCCCCUUGGAAAAUGAGAAUGUUUGCAUGUGCAGGGCUUAUUGAAAGAGUUUUUAAUUUCUUCUGAAGCAAUGCAAAGAGGAAGAGCGGGGCUGGAGGCUCACUGUCCCUCGUAGCUGUCACGGCCCUCUCCUUGGGCUACCUCUGGAGACGCCUUUUCAUAAAAUCAUAGAAUCAUUUCAGUUGGAAGAGACCCUCAGGAUCAUCGAGUACAAACAUAACCUACCCUAACUCUAGCACUUGCAUGUUAAAGCACACGGAGCCCUGGCGUGAGAGAAGGAUGUAGGAGCACAGGAGGCGAGGAGCGCGGGCUGAUUGGAAAGGUCGGCUGUUGCUGGAAGGCUCGCCCGAUCUCAGUCACAUCAGCACUUUUUCUUGUUUCUGUGCCAAAACCAGGCCGUGUGUUUGCUGCACAGCACAUCAGGAAAGCUGGACUGAAAGAAACACAUGAAAUCUCGCUUUGAAUCUCCCCUCUUGUUUUUUCUUAACCUUUUCUCCUGGAAAUGCCCCAGCCACACAUUACAAUCACUCAGUCCUCUGCUCGCAGUCAUGUUCCCUGCCAUCCUCAAGCCACUGAGGUGCGAGGUAUCCCGCAUGUUUAUUUUCCCCUUUGAGAAGGAUUUAGGAUGUCACAGAGCGGGCAGGAUCAAGGACUAAGUAAAUACUGAGUGUGUGAAAGAAAAUGAGCCCCUCGGGGCUCACCUGGGCCACCCUGUGCCUCGGGCCGUGCUCUGGCUUUGCCCUCCUGGGAGCCCUUGGCUCAGGCCAGGCUCUGCUGCGCUAGGCAAGGCAGGGACCCAGAAAGCUCAGUGGUUGUACAAACUGCUCCACAUUGCUCACACAGAGACACCACGGGGCCGGUCCCAGACGCCUUUUUUCCCCCUGGAAAAAACCCUCCGGGCUGCUGACACGCGUUGUGGCAAGCUCCAGAAAACGUGGUGCAGGGGCUGCCUCUCCCCUUCCCCCCCAUCCCUCCCUCUGCCGCAGUCGCUCCGCAUUAUCCCGGCAUCUCAUUCCGCAAAAGAAAAAGCAGCGGGUUGGUUUGCCAGGCAAAGCCUGGAGGAGCUGCGCUCGCUGGCUGCCCGGGUCUCUGCGGAAUGGGCUAUUUUUAGCUUCCCAUCUCGCUGCUUGCGCUCGCCUCCCAAAUCCACCGCAGCCGCUCGCCUGCCUACCCCGCGGUGCUGCCCAGCAUGGCCUACUUACGGUCUGAACUUCACAUUUAGCGUCAGAGGAUGAAAUCAGAAGCUUGUAAAUAUGUGUAAUAUAUUUAUUAAUAUUUAGGAAGUCUCCAUCCAUCAUGCAAUUCAAAUCAACUUUCCCAUCAUGUUUUAAAAAGGAAAUGAGUCUUAUUUAUAUGUGUGUUGGCUAUUAUCUUUAUUAGAGUUAAUGCUUUCGGCCCCCUACUACAGUUUGCACUCCUUAGGCAUUUUAGAGCGAGUUACUGCUGAAAAGAACAUGGGACUAGCACAGUAAGCUCCUCCCUUCCAUGAAUUUUUAAAAUAUCUUUUUUUAGCUUUACUAAUAUGCCCAAGGUCUGUUUAAAUAUCUCAUAGGAGACCCAAGGAGUUAAAAAUGCUGCUGGUGGCACUGGUUUUGUUGGCUUGUAUGCGAACCUGGCUGUGGAGGAUUCAGCAGCAGCUCUGCCCCACGGCAGCGAUGGGGGAGGCGAGCAGGCCUGUGCUGCGGUAACAAACAUGACCUGUCAAAUGUUCGUGGUGACAAUAGUGCUUAUGGGGUUUGUUGUUUUUUUUUCUCCCUCUCCCCAUUGCUUCCUUUAUACAGGGGUGUUACCUGGCAAAAAUAAAAUGCCUUUCCAUUA